AUGCCCCCCCUCCGCAUCCUCAUCAACGGCGGCGGCAUAGCCGGCCACGCCCUAGCCUUCUGGCUCGCCCGCCUGCGCACCACCACCCCCAACGCCCCCUCCAUCACCGUCGUCGAACGCUUCCCCAACCUCCGCGCAACCGGCCUCCAACUCGACCUCCGCAGCGCCGGUCUCGAAGUCCUCCGCCGCAUGGGCCCAGAACGAGAGCAACUCUUCAAAGCCAUGGCCGCCCCAGAGCAAGGAAUGCAAGUCGUCGACAAAAAGGGCCGGCGACGGGCAUUAUUCCCCGUGCGCAAGGGGAGCGAUAGCAAGAAACAAGCGCAGAGCCUGACCUCAGAAUUCGAAAUCAUGCGCGGGGACUUGUGCCGCGGUCUCUACGACGCCACGCGCGCAGUCGCCUCUUCCACUCCCACUCCCGAGGGUAACCCCCCACCAGUACAAUACCUCUACAACACCUCCAUCGCCUCCCUCACCCCUCUUCCCACCGGCCAAGUCUCCGUCACCUUCACCACCCCCACCAACCCCGGCACGGACAACCACCCCCCACAAACCUACGACCUCGUCAUCGGUGCCGACGGGCAAUGGUCCCGCACCCGCCAGCUUCUGUUCCCCGACCUCCCCAACACCGGCAUGCGUCGCAUCCCAGGGUAUCACAUCGCUUAUUUCACCAUGCCCCGGCCGAUGGCGGAGGGUGAGACUGAGUUUCUGGCUACGACAUAUGUAGCGCCGGGACGCAGGGGGUAUAUGGUGCGACGACACAGUCCGGAUGAGGUGCAGGUUAUGAUGACUUAUAUGGCCCCGCCUAAAAACCACAACCGCGGCAAACCCAACCAGGCCGGGAAGUCAGCAAACCCCGACGAAAACGACGAGAAAAACGACCCCCUAACCCCCAUCCCCCGCGGCGACACCCCCCUUGAAAAAGCCACCCUCACCCACCUCUUCACCGGCGCCGGGUGGAUCACCCCCGACAUACUCGCCGGCAUGGAGAAGGCAGACGAUUUCUAUCUUGAACGGCUCGGGCUGGUACAGAUACCCGCGUGGUCGCGGGGAAGGGUGGUGUUGGUUGGUGACGCGGCGUAUUGUCCGACGGUGUUGUCGGGGAUGGGGACGACGUGUGCGAUGGUUGGGGCGUAUGUUUUGGCGGGGGAGAUUGGGGAAUACAUCCGCCGCGCUGCAGGGGAUGGUAAUGAGGAGGAAGGGGGGGAUGGGCUGGAGAGAGCGCUGAAGCGGUAUGAGGAGCGGUUUCGGCCGUUUGUGGAGGGUAUGCAGGAGGGGAUUGAGGAACGGGCUGAGGGGCAGUGGGCGAUGACUGGGUCGGCGUUUGGGAUUGGGGUGUUAAAUUUGAUGGUGGGGGUUGCGUCGCUGUUGAGGGUGAAUGUGGCUGCUAUGUUUGGGAUUAGGGAGACUGUCAAGGGGUGGGAGUUGCCUGUGUAUGAGGGGCUGUGGAGGGAUUGA